AUGGCUUUACCCGUCGUAUACAGCUUGCUUGAAUGCGCUGACUACAACCGCACAGUUGCCCCCUAUCUUUCCCAACUUGCAGCUCUCCCCGACAUGCUCUUCUCAUCCGCCACCAACUUUACGGUUUUGACACAGUUGUACCUCGACACGAACCCUCUGAUCACCGCCAUCGCUUUUGGGUUUGCCCUGGCUCCCAUCUUCUUGUUGAUCUCCGAAGUAAACAAGAACUACUCCCAAGUAGACCGAGUGUGGUCAAUAUUGCCAACCGUCUACAACCUGCACUAUACAGUCUUUGCCCACCUUGCUGGAGUGCAUACAGCGAGACUGGAUGUCCUUUGUGUCAUCAUCUCAAUAUGGAGUGCCCGAUUGACUUACAAUUACUAUCGAAAGGGAGGCUAUUCGAUUGGCAGCGAGGAUUACCGAUGGGCCACCGUGAAGGACUAUGCCGGACCUGCCUUGAUGUUCCUCUUCAAUGUCUUAUUCAUCUCACUGGCACAGUCCCUGCUCCUCGUCUGCAUCACGACUCCAGCCUACGUACUCCUGCUAACCGAACGCCUGGCAACCUAUGACGGCCCUAUUCGGUCCUGGAAUAUGGUCGAUGCUGUUGCGGCUGCCGCCAUGAUGACUUUUAUCGCCAUAUCAUACGUGGCAGACCAGCAGCAGUGGAACUACCAUGCGGCCAAAGCCGAGUAUCACAAAACGGCCAAAGUACCACCUGGCUGGGAACGAGCAGAUCUGGACCGUGGUUUCCUCACCACAGGCCUGUUUGCCUAUUCGCGACACCCGAAUUUCGCAGCAGAGCAAGGCGUCUGGGUCACCCUGUACCUGUGGUCGUGCCUGGCCACGGGGACCUUGUACAAUUGGAGCGGGAUUGGAGCAGCGGCCUAUCUGCUCCUUUUCCAGUCCAGCACCUGGCUCACAGAGCUCUUGUCUUCGGGAAAGUAUCCGGAAUACAAGGUAUACCGGGAACAAGUGGGAAAGUUUUUGCCCAUACCCGGCUAUGGGCCGCCGAGCUUCCAUGAACAGGAGAAGGCUCAGGCGAAUGAUGGAGGGUUGAAAGAGAGGGCGCGAUAA